AUGGCGGAGCAAGCGCCGUCCAGCAGCAUCCCUCCUCCGCCGGCAUCUGCUCCCUCUGCUCCCUCUGCUCCCUCUGCUCCCUCUCCAGCACCCAUGGAAUACCCCUUCGCAACCUCGCCCGACAUCCUCCGCACGCACCAGAAAGACGCCUAUAUCUCUGGGAGCAUCUCGUCGCAAGCGUCCACGAUUCUACGCGCGCUCCUCGGCGCUCGUUUCGCACACAAAUACUCAGAAGCGACGAACCAACUCUCGGAACUCCUCUAUCUCUGUAUAACAACCCUUCUGGGAAACCGAACACUGGGGGAAGAGUACUGCGACGUGAUCCAAGUCGAGGACGACACCCUGAGACUCGCCGGUCUGGGAAGAAGAGUCGGCUACAUUGCCAGCGUGGUGUUCGCGCCCUGGAUUCUGGCGAAGUCUCUGCCGGCGCUGAGGAGAAGGCUAAGGAGUAAACUCGAAUGGAACAUCGAGCACGCAAAGCAGAAACAAUACCAUCACAGCAAGCGUCCGCCCUCACCAAGAAGCCUCAGAUUGCAAGAGUACAUCCUCAAACACCUCGACACCCUGACCUCCCCUCAACCCAUCUACGCCGUCAGCCUCGCCAUCUUCUAUUUCACCGGGGCGUACUACCACAUUGCUAAGCGGCUGUUCGGUCUGCGCUACGUGUUCACGAAACAGAUCAGACCGAAUGAAGAGCGAGUUGGGUACGAAGUCCUGGGUGUGCUCCUCGUGCUGCAAAUGGCCGUCCAGUCGGCGCUGCACAUCCGAGAAACGUACAUGGACGCGACGGCCUCCUCGACGACGGUGGGACCCGAAGCAAGGGGAGCCAGCACCGCAGCCAUGCUCGCCAACGGCAUCGAAAUCCCCAUCCCCUCCAGCCUUGAGACCUCGUCGACGGGCCAACUGCUCUCGGCUGUCUCCGUGCCGUCCUACCUACCACCGGGCCUGGCCGCGAACACGGCAACCCCGAUCCUCGACUCGCCGCGCUACGCCCUCGAGGACCACGACGAAACCAUGGCCUGGAUGCCCGCCGGCAACCAGCGGAAAUGCACCCUGUGCCUCGAACCCUUCCGCGACCCGAGCGUGACCACUUGCGGGCACGUCUUCUGCUGGACCUGUGUGCAGGACUGGGUCAAGGAGAAGGCAGAGUGUCCCUUGUGUAGACAGAGCGUGCUGAGCCAGAAGAUAUUGCCGCUGCGAGGUUAG